AUGAUAGAGCUCCAGAGACACAGAGAGACUAUUAUACAGAAGUUAGCAGUACAGAAGCAGCAACAAAUCAGCAAUGAGGAAGAGCUCAUCGUGAAAGCAGUCGCUGAACGUGAGGCCAAACAGGCUCGAGAACAACGUGAGAAAGGAGAAAAACAUGCAGCCAUGUUGAACUCCAUCGCUGCACACAGAGAGUCCAUGAGGAAAGAGCAGGAACGAAAGGCAGAAGAGGAGAAACAGAAAGCCCUGGAGAUGCUGAAUGCAAAGAUGGAAGCAGCUAAAAUCUUCAUGAAAAAAAAAGAACUUCAAGCUCAAAAAACUAGAGAAGAAGGCAAAAUACUACAAGACAUCUAUAUACAAGAAAUGGCUGAGAAACGUGCAAGGCAUCACCGUACAAAAAAAGAAGAGAAGGACUUUGCUGAGAGGAACUCUGCUCUCAUCGUUGGGGAGGAAAACCAGUUUCAGAAAUACGCCAAACAGGUCUUCGAAACAGCUGGGAAGGCAGGGAGAAACACCUUCCCGCUCAUGAAGGCUGCCAGAGAGGGCAUCGGAGGGGGUCUAGGGCCCGUGUUUGGUGGACUUAGACCAAGUUAUCUAGUCCAUGAUGAGUCGGGUGUUGAGAUGCCCAGUUAUGUGAGCGGCACCUCUCAAAACAUAAAAGAGCUGAACGAGACCCCUGACAUUCAACAGUCCAAGAAAAGACUAGGAUUCACCUUGUAAAACUUCACAACAUCUAGUUGUUAUAAUGUCUCUCUCGUACUAUUGCAAUGAUAAAGAUUUUAUGCAAAAGGAAUUGUAAUCGCU